AGGUCCCUAAAAAGUUAUGUAGAGGAACCCAUUACAUAUUAAGUGGGCAUUUUGUGUCCAUUUUCCCAGGACUUGAGCCUGGAGAAGCCUUCAGGAUGGAAACCUUAUUUAGGAGCCGAGGUUUAUGCCAGGUUCAUUCUGGAGAUGGUCCCAGACCAUCUGUGAAAGUCAACUAGAAUCUGAAGACGUAAAACCGACCAGGGAUGAAUGAUCUAAGGAGGCAAGGAGAUGACGACCGCCAUGAGGGCCUCCUGCAUGGGAGCAGAAAGCAGCAGGCGGUAGGAACCGAGGGCUUCCCUUACGGGCCCAGCAGCCUUCCCGCUGCCUCCGGGGUUCCUGACGCACUCCUCGGAAUCCCCGGUCCAGGAAGAGAGGCAACUUGGAAGAGACCGGGCAAGAAUCGCCCUCCCGCCCCGCCCCAGUGGUCCCCUCCGGGGGCGAUCUCCUGCGAGCCCCGAGCGUGCAGCAUCAAGGGCCACGGAAUGCGCAUCUCUGCCCCUAAAAUGCAGCAGGGCCGACUUAGAGCUGCAGGUGCACCUCCACGGCGCAAUCGCUAACAGGCACAACUCCUGGGGCCUGUGCGUCUACUUAGGAUUUGAGGAAAUUCUUCAGAAACCAGCCACCGUAGGGGGAUGGAGGCUUUCCGUGGAGGGAACGUUCUCAGCCUUGAGUGCGCGGGGGGAAACCUCGGGGUUCUUUUUUAUCAACUCCCACUCCCCAGCCUGAUUUGCUUCCGUCAAUUCAUCCCUAACGGUGAUGACGAACGGGGGGGCACAGUUUUAAAAACACAGCAUCCGAGUAGCCCUGGGAGUGUGAGAAGGACCCAGACAACCUCAGUCACACGUCAGGAUACGACUGCAUACGCGAGGCCGCCCAAAGCACAAACGAGCCUCCGCGCAGGCGCACGCCGUCCCUCUCCCGUCCGCCCUUCCGCCCGUCUGCCCGUCACGCUCUUUGCCCCGCCCCGUCACCAGCCCCGCCGGCCGAUCCUCUGCAUCUUCCGCCCAGGCCGGCUUGGCCUCAGCCUGCGCUGCGCCCUCCCAGCCUGGGGCGUCGCUGCACCGGCCUCCGCCGCUGGGGUUGGGGGCGGGAGGCGGAGCUUAGGGGCGGGGGGCGGUGUUGCGGCGGUGUAGGGGCGGCAGGCUGCGGCGACGGCGUCGGUGGUCCCUGCGUGAUGGCCGCCUCGGUGUUCUGCUGCUUGCGGUGCUGUAGGGACGGCGGGACGGGCCACAUCCCUCUGAAGGAGAUGCCGGCCGUGCAGCUAGACACGCAGCACAUGGGAACAGAUGUCGUCAUUGUGAAAAAUGGGAGAAGAAUAUGUGGAACAGGAGGUUGUUUAGCCAGUGCACCUCUACAUCAAAACAAAAGCUACUUUGAAUUCAAAAUCCAGUCCACAGGAAUAUGGGGUGUUGGCGUUGCAACUCAGAAAGUUAACUUGAAUCAGAUUCCUCUGGGCCGAGAUGUGCACAGUCUGGUGAUGAGAAAUGAUGGGGCGCUGUACCACAACAACGAGGAGAAAAACAGGCUGCCGGCAAACAGCCUUCCUCAGGAGGGAGACGUAGUGGGUAUUACAUAUGACCAUGUAGAAUUAAAUGUGUAUUUGAAUGGAAAAAACAUGCAUUGUCCCGCAUCAGGCGUACGAGGGACGGUGUAUCCAGUUGUUUAUGUUGAUGACAGUGCAAUUUUGGAUUGCCAGUUCAGUGAAUUUUAUCAUACUCCUCCACCUGGUUUUGAAAAAAUAUUAUUUGAACAGCAAAUCUUCUGAAUGUAUUUGUCUUUGAAACUUGUAUUUCUGCACUGUUAAAAAUGUUUACCAUUUAAUAAAGCUUUACCUAACCUAUAGAUAAAAAUAUAUUCUUAAAAAUAUGCUUGUUAAUGUUUAAGGAACCAUUGUAUUCAAUAUACAGCCCGGAAAUUGUGAUUUAAAGUACUUAUGUUUUGUGAUAUGAAAUCAGCCUUUUGGGCAGUUUAUUUAAUUCUUAUUUAAAUAAUAUAACUAUGGGUUUGAUUAACAAUAUUAAGUGGAAAUAUGUAUAUUGGUAUUUAAAAGGGAAUCUUUCUUAACAUAAAAUAUUUUUUUGGAUAGAGCUGUAGAGUUGGGUGGGCUUUCUGUCAUUCUUAAGUUUAAAGCUCAUUAACUAUUUUAAGUCUAUAGUUCAAUAAUUUUGUGUCUCAGUGUCCUUUUUUAUAUAAAGUAAAACAAAGUGACAGAAAUUUAUAUUACUGUCAGCUCCAUUUUUGGCGACUUAUUUACUGUAAAAUGUACCACUUAAAAUUUAAAUUGUGUAUUUUGUUAGUGUGUCGUUGCUUUCAAUUUGCUGUGUGAAAGGAGAUAAGUGUUUGAGUAAGGGUAGAGCAUUUUGUUGAAGGCCCUCGUGCUGUUCUCCGAUCCCAGAGCAGGCCGUGGCUGCCUGGUGAUGUAGCCGACGCUGGCAGACCUGCAGAGUAGUGCGAUGCUCUAAACUUCAACGUAAAUGAGAUUAUUCUUUUAAGGACUUUUAUUUAAAUGUGUGUUUUUCUGUAAAGAAUAAUAAAAUAGUGGUAAUUAAGGAGUAUUCGGUACUGUAUUAAACACCUGUUUUUCCUGUUUUGUUAAUAAUGCAGUAAAUUCACUUCACCCCUGAUUAUCUUGGAAGAUCAGUGAUCCUCUCCAUGACCCUGAGCCUUUGCCAAGUUUUCAGUAAGAAUCACUGUCCUUGAGUUAACACCCUUCUAACCUGAACUAAUCACUGUGCACAUCUUUGGUACAGUUCCCUUUUAAAUGAGCCUGCCACGGAUGCACACAUGUCACUCUACAAGGAGCAGUAGGCUGUACUAAAACCAUGGCGUUAGAAUGGAACGAGAACUGAACUGUAGUUUUGCCGCCUAAUCCCAUUAUCUCCUCAGGCAAGUUCCUCAGUCUCUCUGAGCCCAGGUUCCCUGUCUAUAAAAGGGAUAAUCACACUUGCUCGGUAAGAUUCUGUAACUAGUUAAAUAAGGUAAUAUGUGUAAAACACCUUAAUCAUCAUAGGCACUUAAUAAAUGUGCAUUCCUUCUUGACUAAAGCAGUGGUUUUCAGCAUCAGCAUCACCUGGGACCUUGUUAGAAAUGGUCGUUCUCAGGUCCCACCCCAGACCCACUGAAUCAGAAGGUGCUGGGGAUGGUGCCCAGGAACGUGUGUUUGAACAGGCCCUUCAGGUGACUCUGAUAACAGGCUCAAGUUGGAGGACCACUGCUCAGGAGAGAAUUCUUUGAGAAUGAUUGCCUACUAUGAAUUUCCUAAGGAUUUAAGACAGACUGUUUUUGACCCAUGGACAAAAGAAUCCUGCACAAUUUUUAUUUAUUGUUUAUUUGGUAGACAAAAAUGUGACAAUGUGCUUUGAAAACAUAGAUAUACUUGUGUAACAUUUAUUUACGUAAAACUCAAACGUUUCUUCUGAAGAUAUACAGAAUUGAACUAACUAUAUUAUUUAUGCAUUUUUGUCUGACUUUCUGUCCUAGUAAUUUUAAUUCAUAAAGAACAUACUUACUUGGGAAAGCAAAUUAAAAUUAUUGUUUGCUGUCUUUACAAUGUUAUCUACCUCAGUUAUUUUUUUAAAAGCCAACCUUUUUUAUUAUCAUAUUCUUUUCUCAAGACUAGCAUUUCCGUCUCUAAUCACACAGAAUAAGCACGGUACUAAAAACGAUACAUGAGUUAUGUCCAUGACCAUGGUUUGAUGAAGUCCAGCUGUGUUUUUAAUCUGUAGGUAUCUCAUUUCUCUUAGGAAAAUUACCCUCCCAAAACCUAUAACCUCAGUCUAAUCUUGAGAAAAACCUCAGACAAAUUCCAGUAGAGGGGCAUCCUACAAAAUGCUUCAGUGGUACUCCUCCAGACUCUUGAGGUCAUCAAAAAGGAAAUUCAGAGAAACUGUCACACCCAAGAGGAGCCCAAGGGGACACGAGAAGUAAAUGUAAUGCGGGAUCCAGGAACAGAAGAAAGGCAUUAGAUAUAAACUAAGGAAAUCUGGAAAACUAUGAACUUCAGUUAAUAAUAAUGUAUCAAUAUUUGUUUAUUAAUUGUAACAAAUGAACUAUACUGACAUGAGAUGUUAAUAACAGGAGAAACUGGGAGAGGGGAUAUAUGGACAUUCUCUGUACUAAACUUUUCUGUAAACUGUUCUAAAAAAUAAAGUCUAUUAAAAAAUUA